CGAAGUGUAAGGGUACCUUGAUAGCAGUGUGGCUCGUGGCGUUACAUCUUAGUCUUGCCAUUUUGGGGUUCCGGUACCAGUAGGCAACCAUGUCGCAGUCGGCUCUCCGGCGCCUGUCGCAGCAGGUUCCGCGGCUUACCCGUGGCCUUAAGACAAGCAACCCGCUUAAGAAGGGCACUGAGAAGUACAGCCACGAGGAGAUUGUUUACGGUGAUGGACAUCACGGUCUGCGCCCUGGGUACCACUAUGACUAUGAGCAUGGUCCGCACUACCUGCAGCCUGAGUCGAUUCCAAACUUCUGGUCGAAGUUCUACGCAUAUGCGGGCCUGACCUACGUGGUCGGCCUAGGUAUUCCGGUGUUUGCCGUCUGGUGGCAACAGAGCAAGCUUAAGGCUGCUUAACUGUUGGCGGCCUUCGUUUAAGAGGCACCUUGGUGGUUGGUGGCUCAACGUGCCAUGUGUUACCACAGAAGUGUGCUUAAAGUAUUGGCUUAUCCACUUUUCACAAUAUUUCUAUAGGGGAGGGCACUGUGGAUCACCUUCCGGUGGCCGAAGGGUGUGCGCGGUAUGAAGGGGGUUUCGUGUGUGUCGCGGUAGUUACCGCACUUCGAGUAGGUAGAUAGAAGUGCUGUAUGGUAAUGGUGACGUAUUUUUGUGUAAAUUUAACAUUCGCUC